AUGGUGCCAGCGACUAUGUUUCUUGGCAUGCAGAUGAUGAAAAGAGUUAUGGUCCAACUCCCGAAAUUGCUUCGGUUUCGUUUGGAUGAAUUGUUUGUUUCUCUGAAACUUGUGUUAUACAGUAGAAGAAAGGGUAUGAAGGAAGAUAGAAUAAGCCAAUUACCAGAUGAUUUGAUCUGUCAGAUACUUUCUCAUCUUCCCACUAAGGAUGCUGUUAGGACAAGUGUGUUGUCCACCAGAUGGACAAAUCUCUGGCUUUGGCUUCCUCGUUUGGAAUUGUCAUUUGUGGGAAUCAGAAACCGCACUCCCUUGAGUUUCGCUAACAGGUUUUUCGAUUCCAAUAGGGUUUCAUGCAUAGACAAGCUAGAGUUAAUUGUUACCGAUGUAUAUUCAGACAUAGUAGACGGUGCCUCUUAUCUUACGUCAUGGAUUGAUGCUGCAGUUAAGCGUAGGAUCCAACAUCUAGAUGUCAAGUGCCAUGCUAUGCAUUUACACAACAAUGAGUUUCCUAAUGAAGCCGCUUUCGAGGCACUUGUCUCAUGUUGUUCUGUCUUAGAAGAGUUAGAGAUUACCGGAACUGGGGAUCUUCCAAACGUACAUAGGGUGCAAUCUCAGUCACUGAAGCGGCUCACUAUCAUACGAUUACCUACUAUAGAGUUUGAUUAUGUUCCUGAACUUGCCAUUGAUGUGGUUUGA